AGGACAAAUAUGAAAUAAACCUCAUAAUUUGAGGCUAUUUACACAAAAAGAAAACCUGCAAUCGCCAUCGACGAAUGAGACCUCCACGGCGUCUCUCCCCUCACUCCUCACUCUUGCCUUGAAGAGCAAGAAAACUUCGUCGUCCAUUUCCCUCUUCAACAGGAAAAAACAGCAGAGCAGUGCACAAGAGAGCGAGAGAGCGAAGCAUUUUACGGCGUCGUGAAGAUGUUCAGAAACCAGUAUGAUACGGACGUGACGACAUGGAGCCCCGCCGGGCGGCUCUUCCAGGUGGAGUACGCGAUGGAGGCGGUGAAGCAGGGUUCGGCGGCGAUAGGGCUUCGAUCCAAGACUCACGUGCUGUUGGCGUGCGUCAACAAGGCCAACUCCGAGCUCUCCUCUCACCAGAAGAAGAUCUUCAAGGUCGACGACAACAUCGGCGUUGCCAUCGCCGGCCUCACCGCCGACGGCCGCGUCCUCUCCCGGUACAUGCGAUCCGAGUGCAUCAACUACGGCUUCACGUACGAGUCGCCGCUUCCUGUCGGCCGUCUCGUUGUUCAGCUCGCCGAUAAGGCUCAGGUUUGCACUCAACGGUCCUGGAAGCGGCCUUAUGGUGUUGGUCUGCUGGUGGGUGGGUUGGAUGAGUCUGGAGCUCACCUUUAUUACAAUUGCCCAAGUGGAAACUACUUCGAAUACCAAGCUUUUGCCAUUGGGUCACGCUCGCAAGCCGCGAAGACAUACUUAGAACGCAAGUUUGAUACUUUCAUGACAUGUUCACGUGAUGAACUUAUCAAACACGCACUUUUUGCAUUGAGAGAAACCUUGCAAGGUGAAAAGCUCACAAGUUCCAUAUGCACAAUUUCUGUGGUAGGGGUGGGGGAACCAUUCCAUAUAUUGGACCAGAAAACUCUGCAAGAAUUGAUUGAAGCAUCUGGGAUAGUGGAGGAGCAAGCCCCUACUGCUGAAGAUAGUGGUGCACCAGAACAGAGUGGUGGUGGUGCAGAACCGAGUGGUGCUGCUGAUCAGGGUGGUGCUGGGGAACAAGGUGCGGCUCCCAUGGAUAUUUGAGAAAUCAAUAAACAGCAGCCGUCUCUCUAUACUCGGGUGAGGUUUUCUAGUUCAUGUUUCUGCAGAUGAGGUAAUGGAAUACGGGUGGCACCAUGGUUGACAUUUGUUGGAUUUUCAUUAUGCAAUUUAUCUUUUGCUUUGUCAGUGCAAAGAACAUUUUAAAGUUAGAUUUGGAUAAACUCUGCAUUUCUAAUUUAUACUUGGAUGCAAUGAUUAAACAUGUUGAUGUGGUGUCCCCCACAUGAUAUUUGGACACC